AUGAGCAAACACGACGACCAACCCAACGGAGGCAGAAGGCCAAGUAACGGAGAUCAAGGUGAUGACAAGCCCAGCGCUAUGUCUCUCGCCCGCCAUGCCGGACCUUCGCUGCUUGCCGCCUCAGUUAUGCUGGGCCUGAUUUUUGGCGGCUGCUGCUCGAAUGUCUACGCACUCGAAGCAAUCAUCAAUUUCGAACCGUCUGCUGGAACUCUCUUGACCUUUGUCCAGUUUAUCUUUGUAGCGACUACAGGUUACAUCACACAGUUUGACCAGUCACGGCCACCCUUUUUCCUGGCCCCAAACAAGGUUCCCAUUCGCCGCUGGAUCAUCAACAUUGUACUCUUCUUCAGUAUCAAUGUGCUUAAUAACCAUGCAUUCAGUUAUAACAUUUCCGUCCCCGUUCAUAUCAUCCUUCGUUCAGGUGGAAGUAUCACGACCAUGGCUGCAGGCUAUCUCUACGGAAAACGGUAUUCUCGGAUGCAGGUUUUCGCAGUCGUUCUCCUAACCUUCGGUGUUAUUGUAGCUGCAUGGUCCGAUUCUCAGGCAAAGGGCAAGUCUGGCGAUGACUCGAGGCCGGCUUUCAGCACAGGGCUUGUGGUUCUUUUUAUUGCCCAAGUGCUAUCGGCCAUCAUGGGCCUCUACACCGAAGCCACCUACCGAGAGUACGGCCCGCAGUGGAAAGAGAAUCUGUUCUACUCCCAUACGCUCUCACUGCCCCUUUUCCUCCCAUUUGCCUCGUCAAUGUACGCCAGCUACAGUCGUAUGGCUGCAAGUGAGCCACUGCCCGUGGGUUUCUUUUCGCCUACCGUCGGUGCCGUCUUUGCCAAAGCGCCAAGGCAAUUGGUGUUCUUAGCGGCCAAUGUCCUCACUCAAUACGCCUGUAUCCGCGGUGUCAAUCUGUUGGCUGCCAUGUCCACAGCUCUCACUGUAACCAUUGUCCUCAACAUUCGGAAGUUAGUAAGCUUGCUGCUUAGCAUAUGGCUGUUUGGAAACACUCUUGCUCCUGGGACCGUUCUUGGGGCUCUGGUUGUCUUCGGUGCUGGGGGGCUGUACACGUUUGGCUCGUCGCGGCCGAAGCAGAGUUCACCCUCAAAAGAGAAUGCCCAAACUACGGUCAAGAAAGAAGGCUAG